AAGGAGCCUCCUCUACGGCUUCGGGUGCCCGAGUGCCUUGGAGUGGAGAAAAUUGCCGCGAAGAAGUGGCUGCCUGCCUGCCUCUCUCUCCGGUGGCUUGCCAGCAAUCGCGGCGUCCCUCCUUUCCAAAGGAAGGCAAAGUAAGGAAGGGAUCAGAUCCAGAAGCAAGGCGAGCCCUGCCUCUUGCCAGCUUCGUGGAGAGGGGAGCGCGGCUGGAGGGGAAAGCAAGGCUGUGGACCGGAGGGCGACGUCGGGGAGGAAAGGACGAAGCCGCGGAGGAAGAAGAAGAGCAGCCCAGCCCCGACCUCGAGCAUGACUGGACUUCUGGCCAAGAUGCGCACCCCGCUCUUCUGGGCCGUCUUGGCCGGGAUGGCCUCCGUCUUCCUCUUCCAAGGAGCGCCGGCGCGGAGUGGAGAAGCCGCCUUCCCCAAGGCCAUGGACAACGUCACCGUCCGGCAAGGAGAGAGCGCCACCCUCAGGUGCAUUGUGGAUAACCGAGUGACCAGGGUGGCCUGGCUCAACCGCAGCAGCAUCCUUUAUGCUGGCAAUGACAAGUGGUGUCUGGACCCACGAGUGGAGCUUAUUGCCAACACCAAAAUUCACUAUGCCAUCCGGAUAAAUGAUGUGGAUGUGUAUGAUGAGGGGCCCUAUACCUGCUCUGUGCAGACGGACAAUCAUCCAAAGACAUCACGGGUCCAUCUCAUUGUACAAGUACCUCCCAAGAUUGUUGAGAUCUCAUCAGACAUUUCCAUCAAUGAAGGUGGCAAUGUCAGUCUCACCUGCAUUGCUACAGGUAGACCAGACCCUACAAUCACUUGGAGACACAUCUCACCUAAAGCUGUGGGAUUCUUGAGUGAAGACGAGUACCUGGAGAUCACAGGCAUCACCCGGGAACAGUCAGGGGAAUAUGAAUGCAGUGCAUCCAACGAUGUUGCAACGCCAGUUGUGCGGAGAGUAAAAGUCACCGUGAAUUAUCCGCCAUACAUCUCAGAUACUAAGAAUACUGGGGUGCCAGUGGGACAGAAGGGCAUCCUCCAAUGUGAAGCAUCUGCCGUUCCAUCAGCAGAGUUCCAGUGGUACAAAGAUGACAAAAGGCUCAUUGAAGGACAGAAAGGGUUGAAAGUUGAAAACAAGGCCUUCUUCUCCCGCUUGACUUUCUUCAACGUCUCUGAGCAGGACUAUGGGAAUUAUACUUGUGUGGCUUACAACCAACUAGGAAACACUAAUGCCAGCAUUAUUCUGUACGAAAUAAGUGAGCCCACAAGCUCAACCUUGUUCCAAGCAGAGACAACCGCUGUCCAGACACCCUGGAAAGGGCCUGGAGCAGUGCAUGAUGGCAACAGUGGUGGGUCAAGAAGAGUUGUCUGCAUCUGGCUGUUCCCCUUCCUUCUCCUACACCUGCUGCUCAAGUUUUGACCCCGUCAACUGUGGCACUCAAAAAAGGAAAAAAAGAAGAAAAAGUAAAGAAGAAUAUUAAAUUUUUUAAAAAAUAAUCAGAAUAGUAAAGAGAGUAUAUUAUGAGGAAAUCUUGAGGAGAAAGAAAGGAAGUUUGAAAAAAAAUAAACACAAGAAGAGUCCAUAUUGUUCUGCUGAUGUAUCAACACAACUGAGUGCUGUUUUAUUUCUAAUUUUUCCCCAUUUUUCCUGAUAUGGACACGUAUACAGCUGUUGGGGACCUACCAGUUCAUUUGGCUGAGUGACCAUUGCUCCCCAUUUUUUUCCACAUUAAAUCUUAGCAAGAUACCUGAGUCCUUCCUUCCUUUUCUUACACCCCUUCCUUCCUUUUCUGACCUUCCCUCCAUUUGUCUUUCCUGUCUUUGUUUCCCCCUGAACUUGCCCAACUCUCCUACUGGGAGGAUUACAAUGUCUGCUGCCUUGUGCGCAACACGUCAUGGCUUUCGUCCUCCGAUUCUCUUCCUCUCACAGACUGCACUGUUAUCUCUUUAAUCGCAAAGUACAACACAACUACAGAUGACAACCACUCUGGCAAAUUGCAACCACAAGCGACAGCAAAGGGGAAGGAAAAACAACAGCAACAAUAACACCUGAUUGUUAAGACACGGAUUCAUUGUACUACAUGGAUAUCAUGGAUAAUAAGGGAUUCUGAUUCAUUAUUAAUUUUAUUAAUUAUAUUUUCUGAUAUGAGCCUAGAACUGUUAGUUCAUAAAAAAAAAUACAAAAACAAACAAAAAAUGGGGGGAAAAGAAGUUUAUUAAGUAUUAAAAACAAAAUGAAUAGCGGGAUUCUUAACUAGGAGGUGAACGGUCAAUAUCUCCAGUUGUUUGUGUGAUCUGUUUAGAUGAGAAUUGAAAAUGUCCAGAAAAGCAAGAGAAUGCAAGAAUGAACAAGCAAUGACUCCACCAGCAUUAUCAAGUCUCCAUUCGUUGUUCUGGUGUUAAGCUCAAGAGAGGUUUCCGCUGCUUUCAUACCGUUUGGAAGUGCAAAGGUUGAUGCUCACUGUAUGUUGAGUUAGAUGGAUAUGCUUAUUCUUUUUUAUGAGGUAUAUAUAUCUAUAUAUACAGAUAUGAGGUAUAUAUAUAAAAUUAUUAUUAUUUGUUAGCAUUCUAGCACAUUAUUUCUCAGCCGGGUCCUUCUUCUGACAUUACUGCAUGCUGUAUAUGGAGUUAGCUGUGUAUUGGUCUUUUCAGACAAAAGGGUAGAGUUUUAUUGGUAAUUGUGUAAUUAAUUCCUGACUCUUUCUUUUUCUUGGCCUUCCCGUGGGUUAUUUACAUGUUGAAGAGAUUUAUAAAAAAAUAAGAGAAAAGAAAAGAAAAAAUAUAUACAAUUCUGUAGUGUCUCUUUCCAGAUUUGGAUUUCUAUGAGGAGGGGUAUUGAUUAUUAAAACUAAUACACAUGCUUCAUUUUCUCUAUUCUACACAGCUUCAGUUAGGAACAUGAGAAGGACACAAACAUGAAAUAAAAGAAAUUUAAACUAAUAAUGCCCAGAAUUCUUUAUCACAGUGUACAUUAUGCUAUUUUAUGGGGACACUGGCAAGAGUGUCUUGAUGCACAGCGGCAUUCCUAGUGUCCCAGUACACAAUGGAACCAUUGUGCAUCCACUCCAAUGUGCAACAACCCCAAUGUGCAUUGAUCUCAAUGAAUAUUGACCCCAAUGCACUUUUGACACUUUGCUGGCUCCCUUUGUAGUAACACAACAGCAGACCUUUAUUGGAUAUGGAUAUUAUAGAACGGCCUAAUUCUAAUUUCAGAUAACAAAGUUAUGAAGACAUACCUCUCUAACAGGAUUGUGGCUCCUGUGUCCUUUCUAUAAGAGAAAGGGGGGGGGGAGAUUUCUCACCUCUAUAUGCGAAACCAACUCAUUAGUUUUGUUCAUAUUUGCAUAUCUAUCCAUGAACUGAGAGAAAUGCACAUCAAUGGAUGUUUUGGAAUAGACCAGAAAUUGGUGGCCUACAUUGUCUUAGAAGACAAUUAUGCUGGGGAAGGUGGAAGGUAAAAGGAAGAGGGGCCGACCAAGGGCAAGAUGGAUGGAUAGCAUCCUUGAAGUGACUGGACUGACCUUGAAGGAGCUGGGGGUGGUGACGGCCGACAGGGAGCUCUGGCGUGGGCUGGUCCAUGAGGUCACGAAGAGUCGGAGACGACUGAACGAAUGAACAACAUUGUCUUCAGAUCAAUAGUGGAUGUUGCCUCCUACUUGAUUUUUUAAAAAUCUACAUUGCUUUUCAGCCUGUUUGGGGAUACUUGAUUCUUCAAUUGGUUGUGGAAGGGGAUAUUUGUCAAUAGCUAAUACAUCAACAUCAUUCAUCAAUUAAAUGUUGAACUUUGGUGGAGAAAAGCUCUGGCUUGAGGAAUCAAAGAGGAAGACCAUCUUCUUGCUUCAAUGCCAUUUAUUUGUUCCUUCUCUACCAAGAUUUGAGCAACGGGUCCUGGUGAGGUCCUUUUAGAAAAUAGCAUUGAUGUCAAUAGUACAUGAGAACUGAAUUGAUAGUGUCACAUUCACGCAAAAUGACGAGGAAACCAAAACCCUCCAAAUCAUAUAGGGGCUAUUAUAAAUUGAUAUGACGUUGGGUUGAGAGGUGCUUCAAAAUCCCGAAAAUCACAGAAAAAUGUGUGUGUUUGAUUGGUUUGAUUUCUAAUUUUUUGUUCCCCAGCAAAAUAUAGUAUGAAAUGUAAAAUAGUGCAUUUUAUUGAAGUUUACAAGUAAUGAAAAUCAAACCAGCUAUCAUUUUGCUAACCCCGUCCAUGUUUCUCCUAUUUACUCUUCAUCGAUUCUAGAUGUCUUCUUUCUGCCUGUCAUUGUUUUUUUUUUUUAAUCCUUGCCCUCUUCUGUCAUUGGACUGAAAUCCUAAGUUCAUGAGCUAACAUCUCUGCCUUGAGUUUGGUAUUCAGUCUCCCAAUAUCACUGGUUUCAAUAUUGUGGUCAUACUGAAUUUCCUUAUCCUGAUGAUACAAUAUCUAAUCUUAUCUCUACUAUCUGUCUGGGGAACACUUUCUAGGCUCCAGAGAAAUAAAUACUUUCUAAAGGAUUUCACAAAUCCAAGAAUA